AUGUCCUUACGUCUCCUUGGCGAAUCGCCUCCACCUGGAGCAGGUACCGAACAAGACACAAGCCAGGAGACCGACAUGACUACCGAGCAACCACGCCAUUGCGACUGGGACGUUUUGGUCUUCUUCCUCACCAGCAAGCUUUCCCAGGAGGAGAGGCAAGAAAUCGUUGGGUUGAUUGAGGGGGAGGAAUUCAAAGACCGACUUGUGACAGUAGAUUGGCCAUACGAGCGGUCUGGGACGCAGGAGGAUAUAGACCGACUCGCACGACAAGCAGAUGUCGAAGGCAAACCUUUUGGAGCCAUGACGGUGGUGUUCAUCGAUGACGAGUCUCCUCGCGACAAAAAGGUCAUCAUGACCGACUCUGAAGACGGCGGAAUUCGAUGUCAAAAGCGUCUGUUGGCUUCGUAUGCUGCUAGCACGGCUAUUGCCUGCAAUCUUUGCUGCAUGGCUCUGGAAGAUGCUACGGAUGACUACUAG